AAACCAAACAGCCCUCCACACCCUGCAGUCCUGGGAAGUUUCUCCGCAUUCCUGUCAUACACACACACACACACACACACACACACACACACACACUUACAAACACAGACAUAUACAUAGACAGAAAGCUGGGAGGAAUCACAAACUGAGGCUGGACAGGAGUGUGGAGGGGGUGUGGGCCUGCCAUAGGACUGGACAGAGCCUCAUCAUCAACGUUCUGACAGCCUCACCAUGAGUAAGGCAGGUGGUGAUGAAGGUGGCGAUGUCAGCAGCAGUGAAACAGCCCAGCUGCUGGAGGACAAGACCCCGGCAGAGAAGACAAAACUGAGCGCUGCCACUCUUGGACCAGGCUGGACUAAAGUCAGCUGCCCCUGCUGCGUGUCGGAGCGCGUCGAGCCGUUGGUUCUGGUGAAGCUCGGAGAGAAAGUCCGCCCCGAGACGAAAAGGUGGCUCAUCAGGCUGAUUGGAGCUCCUCAGAAAGAUGGAGGUGCCGCGUUACUGGCCCACCCUGGCGAGGACGCCAGUGGUGACAUCAUCGUGGUCUCCGCCCCACGCUGUACGCUGCUCAGAGCCACUGAAGAGUUGGGACUAUGUAAGACUUACAAGAGCAAAGACAUGGAGGCCUUCUCCUACAAUGACAGAGACAACUUCAAAGAUUCAGACAACAUGGAGGCCUUCCUGACCCUGGCAGAGCGGCAGUACAUAAUCAAGUACGAGCUGGAUGGCCUGCGGGCUCAGAGAGACCUGAGAAUACCCGGCCUGCCCGACAGCUCCGCACUGCAACACCGAGACAACAUCUGGCAGAAGCUGGGGUCAGCCGGCGUCAUCGUGAACACGUGUCCCCUCCACAACCCGGAAAAACUGAAGGAUCUCAGUGAAGCCUGGUACUCUGGGAACCAGCUGGUUCAGCCGCUGGAUUCAGUCAAUGGGUACUUUGGAAGCUCUGUGGCGUUCUACUUCAGCUUCCUGGACUUCUACACCUGGUCUCUGCUCCCACCAGCCAUACUGGGCCUGUCCAUCACCUACUUCUCAGGUGAUGUUGAGAGGGAGAUGGACGAGUCCGUCUCAGGGUCGGGGGUCACGAGUGUUGAAGAGGACUCGGGGCAAACUGUCGGCGGUCACAUGAUCCAGGCGGUGUUCAGCAUGCUCUGGUCCACCGUGUUCAUCGAGCUGUGGAAGCGUCGGAGCUCCUCGCUGUCCUACCGCUGGGGGACCCUGCACCUCGCCGAGCGCUUCGCGGAGCCGCGGCCUGGCUUCCAUGGCGACCUCGGGGUCAACCCUGUGACAGGUCGCGUGGAGCCGCUCUUUCCUGAAUGGCGGAGGGACCUGCGUAUGGCUCUGGCGUCUGUGCCAGUGGUGGGACUCUUUCUAGGGUUGGUGGUGCUGGGUAUGGUUUGUUUCUACUGGGGGGAGGCCCAGGUCCAAGAGCUCCACAAAGACUGGGACUCUCUGCUGUCUCAGACUUUGCUCUACAUGCCCUCAGUGCUUCACAUCGUCUACACAAACGUGCUGGCAACCGUCUACAAGACGGUGGCACAGUCUCUGACUGAAUAUGAGAACCACAGAGAGGAGUCUGCUUUUGAGAACCACCUGACAGCCAAAGUCUUGGUGUUUACUUUCUUCAACUACUUUGCAGUGCUUUUCCACAUUGCCUUCUUCAAGCAGGAUGUGCCUUUGCUUCGAAAGCGCCUAGCGUCUUUGCUGAUAGUGACCCAGCUGAUAAACCAGGUGACGGAGGUGGUCAUACCCUUCCUGGUGGACCGUUUCAUCAGCGCUCCCAACAGGAUGGAGAGUGAAGACGACCCACAGGAGGACAAGUUCAGGAACCAAAGCACCCUGCCCGAUUUCCCUGGCCUGUUUGCAGAGUACAUCGAGCUCCUGGUGCAGUUUGGGUAUUUGAGCCUUUUCUCCUGCGUGUACCCUCUGACGGCCGUGCUGCUGCUCAUCAAUAACCUAACGGAGAUCCGAUCGGACGCCUACAAGAUCUGCAAACUGUUCCGCAAACCCUUCUCGCCUCCUGCGGCUAGCAUGGGCGUGUGGCAGAUUGCGUUCGAGGUCCUGAGUUUCGUCUCCGUCGUGUCCAACUGCUGGCUGCUGCUGCUGUCACCGUGGUUACAGAAGUUGUUCCAGGAGCGCGAGAUGAGCAGCACAAACAUUCUGCUGUUGGCUGUUCUGAUGGAGCAUUUGCUCAUCGUGGUCAAGGUGAUUCUGGCGGUGGUGAUCCCUGAUGAACCGGACUGGAUCCGUAAAAAGAGAGAGCAUAUUGAAUACACAUCCAUGCAGGCCUUGAGAGAGCAGAAGCUGCACUCUGAAGAGUCCUGAUGGCGUUUCAGAGUGUUGGGGUGGUGCUUUACGUUCUCCCGUGCUGAGCUGCUGCAACCAGAAGAUACCGAUCCUCAGUGUUGCGUGGGCCCGGGCGGGAGAGCAGUCUCGGCUCUCCGUCGGGGCCCACGAAUGCGUACCGCUGUGCCCACAUCGCUCCACCCUAGAAGUGUUCCGGCUGCUCUCGCUAAUCACCACGGUGCUUCUGCAAAUGUACGCAGUUUGAAAACACUCUCACAUGUCACAUGUAUACUGCAAGUGCAAUUUGAACAGCAGCUGUAUUGUUGUUGUUGUUGUUUUUUUUCCUCACAUAUGAGACAGCUAUCAGAUGUGUUGGUUAUGUGUAAAGAGCUGAUGGUAAGGGAGGUUUUCACAGGGUUGGUGUGGAGCUCUUGUACAAUCGCUAUGGCUACGGUAUGUACAGUCAAUAUUUACAGUAGUAACGGGCAGAUGGGGCAGAGUAUUUAAUGUCACUGGGAGGGUCAAACAGAGAAAAAAAAAAAAAAGGCUUGACACAGUGUCCCAUUGUUUUCUUUCAGGAGUGUUUUUUGCUCAGAGCUGUUACCUGAUAAGCUACAGUGUGUGUGUCAGGAGGACAGCGUCCUCAUUUGAGUGAUUAGCUUAAGACAAAAAGCCGAGUGUAUAUGUUGGUUUCCAGCUUUCACGUUCACCCCUUGACUGUGUGGACCACUGAAUAUGUGUGGUAGAGUUUCUCCUGGCCCAUAGACGUCCUGUUCUGACAAUGUCACAUCUAUUUAAUUCUCUUUCCUCAGCUUAAGGAAAGUUAUGCAAAUGGAAAAAAACCUCCAUGGAUUACAAUAUAGUCAUAAUUGACCGUUUUAGUUGUUUGAGGUUUCCUGUGAGCAGCUUUACAGACGUCUCUUAUGUAAUUGUGUUUUAUUUUAAGCGAAAUUACCACAAGUGACCACUGGGCUGAAUUGGAAGCAAGGCACGAGGUGUAAUUAACACUUUCAUGGAGUCUGCUGGAUGAACUGUUGGCUAUCAAGUAAGCCUUAUCAACUUAAUGAGGAGAUAAUAGUGUGUUGACAGCUCAUUGUGCUGCCCCCAAGUGGACAAAAAUGCCAGAAAAAAAAAAUAUAUUGCAGCUUCAAUUCCAGAAUCUCAUUACUUCUGUCCAUGGCUCAAUCAGAUGAAGACAAAAAUGUCUUGGAUUGUAAACCCUCUAUCUGUUUUUCAAGAAAAGUGUGAUGCCAAGUGACCUUUGUGCUCAGUCAGUAUUGACAGUAAAAAAAAAAAAAGCUUCAGGUUUAGCUGUGGGUAAAUAAAGUAUUACACUUGAUGACACUGUCUGUACCUUAAAUAAUCCCAGUGUGGCUACAGGACCUUGUCACAUAAGAUGAGUGCAGUGAACUUGCGGUGAAAGUGUGGUGGAGCUGCCAAAGAACCUCGAUGUGCUUCGCUGUUGGAAAUGUAUUUUUUUUUUUUAUGGAUGGAUUUUAGUCUCUACUCACAUGUUUAUCUGCCGUGUGCCUUCAAGAGUGACUGACUGACUUCACUGUACAGCAACUAGCUCACCUUGUAGUCCGAUACUUUACACACUGUAAGUGUCAUUUCACCAGUCACUCUGCACUGCUGUUAGGUUCCACCUAAUAUAGAUAAUAUGCAGAUGAACGCACGGUGGAAGUCCACCAUUUCUUCUGUUGUGUUUUGCUCAAACUGAAUAAUUUAUUGUUUGUAAGGCAUUAGUAUUCUCUCCAGCCACCAGGAGGCACUCUACACUUCACAUCGAGCUCCACAUGCUCUUUACAAGGCCCUGCUAGCUGCAGGACUGCCUCAGUACAGAUGCAGAUGGAUGCUGAGACUUCCCCAGGUGACUGCAGCUGAAAGUGUGCACUCCUGACACUAAUCAUAAACCUGUGUGUGUGUGUGUGUGUGUGUGUGUGUGUGUGUGUGUCUGCCCUGUGAGGUUGAGGUUACUGAAGAUAAUCUUUGAGACAAUGUCUUGUCAGAUGUGAUGAUGUUUGCUGGUUGUCCCACAAUAAACACACAGAAGGAAGCUG